AUGCCGGUUAGCAAUGUAGAGGUGCCUUCUCUACAACCAGUACGUGAUUCUGUACUGUUUCCCUUGGGGUUAAAGGAAGAGGCAAAACUGUUGCUAGGUUCCGAAGACAUUACAAUACACGCAAAAGAUUUACGGAAGAUAGCCCACUUAGGUUCUGGGUAUUAUGGAAGGGUAGAAAAAAUGAUUCAUACACCCACUUCACACGUGUUUGCUGUCAAGCACAUUUCCGUUCAUCUAAACUAUCUUUCAAGACCUCUGAUUUCUCGAGAAUUGGCUGUUGGUACACGCUGCAACCAUCGAUCUGUGGUUACUUGUUACUGUGGUUUGUUUUGUGAAGGUGAUGUCCUUAUUGUUAUGGAGUUAAUGGAUACAUCUUUGGAUAAAUUAUUAAAAAAAGUUUACAACUGUGGUCGUACUUUUCCUACUGAUGUCUUAGCUUACAUUGUAUUAUCGGUUGUUGAGGCUCUUGAAUAUCUACAUCAACUUGAGGUUAUACAUCGUGACGUGAAACCUUCCAACAUGCUUGCAGAUAGUCACGGCCGAGUUAAGGUUUGUGAUUUCGGAAUAUCAGCCGAUUUAGAAAAUUCGAUCGCAUUAACCAAUAUAGGCACAAGAUCCUAUUUAGCUCCAGAACGAAUUAAUACGCGAGAGAAUGAAGGGUUUUCUAUUCGUUCGGACGUAUGGUCACUUGGUUUGAGUGUACUUGAAUUGGCAACUGGAAAACCUUGCUACCCUCAAUCACAAAAUGUAUUUCAGCAAUUAGUUCAAGUUGUUCAUGAACCAUCACCACAAUUACCAGAAUCUAGUUGUUAUCCGGAUUCGCUACGUAAAUUUAUUGAUUCAUGUCUUAUGAAGAACAAGGAUGAUAGACCAAAUUAUGUUCAACUAUUGGAGUCGGAAUUUCUAUCCACUGUUGAUGCUAAAAGUGGUCAAGAAUCAUUUAGAAUAUUUUUGGCAGAUUACCUUGACGAUAAUGAACAAUGUUGA